GAGAGAGAGAGAAUAAUAAUGGAGGAGAUUGAGCAUAAGAAGGUGAGAGUGAACGGGUUAGAUAUGCACGUAGCAGAAAAAGGAAACGGUCCGACGAUCCUAUUCAUCCAUGGCUUCCCGGAGUUAUGGUACUCCUGGCGCCACCAAAUCCUUUACUUCGCCGACAACGGCUACCGCGCCGUCGCCCCUGACCUCCGUGGAUACGGCGGAACCACCGGAGCUCCAAACGACGACGUCGGGAAGUUCACCAUCAUGCACCUUAUAGGCGACUUGGUUUCGCUGCUCGACGCCGUGGCUCCGGCGGAGGAAAAGGUCUACGUGGUGGCUCACGAUUGGGGAGCCAUAAUCGGGUGGAAUUUAUGCCUUCUUAGACCCGAUAAGAUUAAGGCCUACGUGGCACUUAGUGUUUAUUACAGCCCCAGAAACCCGAACCCGGCAACAAGGCUACCCUAUUAUUACAGGGCCAUUUAUGGUGACGAUCAUUAUAUGUGGAGAUUUCAGGAAGUUGGUGAUAUUGAAGGUGAAUUUGAAAAAAUAGGCGUUAAAGAAGUGAUGAAGAAAUUCCUUACAUACCGUAAGCCUGCACCUCUGUUUUUUCCCAAAGGCAAAGGAUUUGGAGAUUCCGGUGAAGAUGAUGAUGAUGAUUCAUUGUCUUCCUGGUUGUCGCCGGAAGACCUCGAUUAUUAUGCCGACAACUUUAUCCGGACUGGUUUCACCGGCGGGGUCAAUUACUAUCGGGCAUUGAAUCUAGAUUGGGAACUAUUGGCUGCUUGGACCGGAGCUCAGGUGAAAGUGUCGGCGAAAUACAUAGUGGGAGACCUUGAUUUAGUAUAUAACAAUAAAGGCGCCAAGGAAUACAUACAUAAUGGAGGACUGAAUAAAAACGUGCCAUUGUUGGAGGACAUAGUUGUGAUUGAAGGAGCUGCACAUUUUAUAAAUCAAGAAAGACCCGAUGAGGUUAACAAACACAUUCAUCAUUUCUUCCAAGAUCAUCACGAUAUAUAAUUAAUAUUAAUAUAAUUUGU